AUGAAAUUAAAAAAACUUGAUGCAUUAAUUAAGAGAAAACCAACUGCUACUGCUACUGUUCUUGCAAAUGAUAUAUCUCAAGUCGUACAUAAACGUGUUAGUAUUUGGACCGUUCGAAGAUAUCGUCGUGCGUUGGGAUAUCGUCCUUAUAAUCAAAUAGUUAAAAAGUCACUUACGUCGGCACAACAACAAUCAAAGCUAUUAUUUGCACAGAAAUACAUUAAUACAGAUAUCAAAAACUGGUUAUUUACUGAUGAGAAGAUAUUUACUAUCCAAAGCACCGGUACAAUUGCUUGGGUUAAAGCUGGUACACAAAGGCCGACACAUUAUGUUGACAAUAUCAAAACACAUGUUCAAGUAUGGGGAGUGGUAUGGUGGAGUGGAAAAGUAUUUAGUAGAUACGACGGUUAUAUGAAUUCAUCAUUGUAUCAACAACUACUCACUACACAUCUUUUACCGCACAUAUCAAAUCGUCGUAAUCGCUUCUUUUAUCAGGACAAUAUUCCAUUACAUAAAACACCAGCUAUGUUAACAUGGUUUAAAGAUAAUCGAUUAGAACUCAUUGAUGUUCCUGGCUAUUCGCCCGAAUUCAAUGCAAUUGAAUAUGUAUGGUCUUGGCUCAAGAAUUAUGUACAAGGACAACAACCAAAAACAAAAGUGGAACUUGAACAAGCAAUUGACAAUGCAUGUGAUGCUAUUUCUCAAAAUGUUGUUCAAUCGUAUAUUUUACAUAUUUUGACUGUUAUGCAAGAAGUUAUUAACACUUAA